AUGGCUGAUGCCACCAAGUACGUUCCCAUAGGUGGUGCCAACCUUUCCACAGACCUCAAGACCUUCUCAUCCAUUCUCAAAACCAGAAAAACAGUAGCUUUUGCAUACGCUUCCAUACUUGCCUUUGUGGCUUUCACUGUUUUCUUAGCCUUUUCCCCUUCUCCAAACGCUUCCUCUCCCUGGUUCACCAACAUAUUCUCUUCCACAUCCACCCCAGAUGGUUCUUACAAGCCUCAAAUCCCUUCCAUUUUCUCACUCCUUUUUCCAAACACUUCUUCAUCCUCCAAUUCCACUGAUCCACUGCUUAACAACACUAACACGUCUAGAUCUACAAAUGCCAAUGCCGCUUCUCUUUCUCCUCAUCAAAACACCACCUCAGAAACUCAAACACUCAAAGUAACCUCAAACAUAACACAAUCCUCAUUUGUGUCAUCCCAAGAUGCAGUUCCUUUUCCAAGCACAAACCAGACCAUGAAUUCUCACGCGCCAAGUUUGGAGGUGAAGUCACCACCACCCCUUGUUGCUAAAGAACCAUCUGGGGUUGUCAAAAAUCACACUUUUAAUUCUGGUGAAACUAAAGCUAUAACCACAAAUCAAACUACAAAUGCCACUGCAUCCGCAACAUCUGCAAACAAUGUUUCAGUGAGUUUUCCUUUCCAGAACAUUCCACAUCAGAACUCAAGUUAUAAUUCUUCCGUGAAGGUGGAUUCGGCCAAGGGUGUUGCCUCCGAUGCUAAUUACAGUGUUCCACAUCAGACCUUGAGUUCUAAAUCUUCUGUGAAGGCCGAUUCGGUAAAGGGUGUUGCCUCGGAUGAUAAUUAUACGGCUUCUCUGGCGAGGAAACAAAUUAAUGGGAAGAAUCACGCUAAAGGGAACUAUGCAUGGAUGGAGUCUCUCAUGAAGUGUGAUUUUUUUGAUGGAAAGUGGGUUAAGGAUGAUUCCUAUCCUCUCUAUAAGCCAGAUUCUUGCUCUUUGAUAGAUGAACAGUUCAAUUGUAUUAGGAAUGGAAGGCCCGAUAAGGAAUAUCUGACAUAUAAGUGGAAGCCUAAGGGUUGCAGCCUCCCGAGGUUGGAUGCGCAUCGAAUGCUGGAAUUGUUGAGAGGGAAGAGACUGGUUUUUGUUGGCGAUUCGCUCAAUAGGAACAUGUGGGAGUCUCUGAUUUGCAUAUUGAAAAGUGCUGUGAAAGAUAAAAAAAAUGUUUAUGAAGCAAAUGGAAGGGUUCAUUUCAGAGGGGAAGCCUCUUAUUCAUUUAUAUUCAAAGAUUAUCACUUCUCUGUGGAGCUUUUUGUGUCUCCAUUUUUGGUUCAAGAAGGGGAAAUUACUGAUAAGAAUGGGACAAAGAAGGAAACACUUCGUCUAGAUUUAGUUGGUCAAUCUUCGUCUGAGUAUAAACAUGCAGAUAUUCUCAUCUUCAACACUGGCCACUGGUGGACUCAUGAUAAAACUUCAAAAGGACAGGACUAUUACCAAGAAGGUAGCCAUGUGUAUUCUGAGUUAAACGUGCUUGAGGCAUUCCGAAGAGCUUUAACAACUUGGAGUAGGUGGGUUGAUGCCAACAUUGAUGCAUCCAAGACCAUGGUAUUCUUCAGAGGCUAUUCUGCUUCCCAUUUCAGUGGUGGACAAUGGAAUUCAGGUGGACAAUGUGACAGUGAAACCGAUCCAAUUGAGAACGAGAAGUACCUAACUGAAUACCCAGAUAAGAUGAUGGUUUUGGAGAAGGUGCUAAACAAUAUGAAGACCCGUGUGACCUACCAAAACGUGACUAGAAUGACAGAUUUCCGAAAGGAUGGUCAUCCCUCCAUAUACAGGAAGCAAAAUCUAACUCCUGAGGAAAGAAAAUCACCAUUGAGAUACCAAGACUGCAGCCACUGGUGCCUUCCUGGUGUUCCUGAUAUAUGGAAUGAGAUUCUCUAUGCUGAACUUCUAAUGGGAGAGUAUCGGAAACAGCAUCAGCAAAAGAAUCCAUAG